AUGCAGAAGUCUGUGCUCUGGCCCUAUGUCUAUGGUAUACGGACUACGAAGGAACGUGGAAUUAAACAAGUUUGAUUUGUAGGUUUCGAGUGGCAGGCGAUUAACAAACACAGGGAGAAGGUUACAAUUGUUAAGAUUAAUUUGCUAAGAUUGGCAAGUCCUAAACCAGGAGAUAUAGUAAUUGAUUCUAUGUGUGGUAGUGGAUCUAUUCCUAUAGAGGCAACAUUAGCUUGCUCUCAUUUAUGCAUUCUAUGUGGCGAUAAAAAUUCUAAAGUUCUGGAGAGAACAAAGUCUCAUAUAGAUGGUUCAGGAACUGCAGCCAGAAUAAAUCCCGUGCAAUGGCUGGCUUUAAAUUUGCCACUCAGAUUCGUUUGUUGACGUUAUUGUUACUGAUAUGGCAUAAGCCUUUUUUUUACAAAUUUCAUGUUAGAUGCUUAGUUAUGUUUAAAUAUUUUCGUUUUCUCUAAACAAAGUUAUUUACUUACUGUAGCUUUUUGGCAAGAGAAGUGGAAAGAAGUCAAAUAACGAACGUCUUUACGAACAAUUUUUACUGGAACUUGGCUGAGUGGUAAAAUUACAGUCUGGAUGAUUGGUUCUACUUACUCAUGACAAAAGAAGUUUCAAUUAUAUAAGUUAUUGACCAAACAAUUCCUGAUUAAUUUAUCCAAAUGAAGUGAAAUAUAACUCAGAUCAUUAAUAUAAAUUUUUAUUUCAGGA